ACACAGGAGAGGGGGUCUCCUGGACUCUGACGUUAAAGGUGGACCGAGUGAACGGGAAUCGAACCAGAACUUCACCAAAGGAAAAAGCUUGUCCCACUUGGGAGAGGGUCCAGGGGGUCCAAGGUUUCUCACGAGGAACAACACAAGGAUGCACCUCCAAGCCACCACAGUUGCCGUAUGAAGUUGAGCUGAGAUCUGCCUGGGAUCCAUCCAGAGUGUCCCUCCAGAGUCCCUGGACUGAGUGUGGUUUGGUUGAAGGCCGCUCCACCAUGCACGCCCCCCAAGCAUCCCCCGGCCUGAAGCAGGGCGCGGCGGGCAGGGUCCGAGCGGCACCCGCCAGUCCCACCGCCGCGCUGGCCAAGAGGGCAAAGGUCUACGGGGACCAGGUGGUGCCGGAGCUCCGUGGGCGGGAGAGUCUCCGCCCGCCUUCCUUCCUGCGGCGGCUGAAGAACGCGGCCAUCGGCACGGGCUUUGACAUCAGGCUGAAGGUGGCGGUUAAUGGACGCCCGUUGCCGACGUUGGCCUGGUUCAGGAACAAUCUCCCCCUGCCCACCGACCCCGGAGAGUACGGGGCGCUCUGGAUACGAGACUGCAAGUCUACCGAUGCGGGAGUCUACACCUGCGUGGCGCGCAACGUUCUCGGGGAGGUCCACACCUCGGCUGUCCUCGCCGUGCUGGAGGUGGAAGACUCGGAAGAAUGUGGUGAGGAGGAGGCUUUCGAGCCCAGGAAGGCCGCACCCUCCGAAGGACAUCUGGGUCCACACAGGCCCAUCCAGAGAGUGCCUGCCGGAGCGCUGGAGUGUCUCACCGCGAGCACCUCGACGUCGGAGAGCACCCUCUCCUCGCUGCGCACGGCCCCCGAGCUGCCGCUGCCCCCCGAGCAGGCCGGAACGGGGGGCCAGAGAUCACCGGCGUGGAGCUGGAGCGGAGGAGCGGAGGCGGUGGAGGAAGAAGACGAGGAGGAGGCGGUGGAGCAGGAGCGGGGCGCCGCUGCCGUGGGCGCGGCGGACCAGCCGCCAAGGCAAGGGGGGGCGCCGGCCCCCGGCUACCCGCUAGUCAGACACCUAGGCGUGGAGCCCUUGGUCAGGGCUUCCAACUCUAACCUGACCUGUAGUAGCUCUGGGUCGGAAGGCAGCCUGUCUGUUGUUAGUGAUGUAUACGGCAGCAUGUUCAGCCUCUAUAGAGGCAGGCCCUUCUUUAUACCCAUGGAGCUGCGUGAAGACUCGCCGGGCAAGGUUCGCCGCGCCCCGGACCCCUUGUCGCGGUGGGACCCCAUCAUGGCCCAGAGGGUCCCGUUCCCCGCCAGCCUGAAGGCCAGGCCGCUCAGCCCGAAGGCCCAGCGCGUGGGGGUGGGGGUGGGCCCGGUGCAGCCGACCACGCCGCUGACUCCGCGACGCAAGCUGAGCACGCCGGCGGCCUACAGCGACACGGUGCCCGCGGAGUUCCAGGACAAGGCCAAGGCGGAGGAGCGCCCGCCGCUGGAGUCGGGCCCGCCGCGGAGAGACAGCGCCGACAGCCUCUCCCCCCGCCACGGCUCCAAGGUGUUCGACCGGGUGCGCUACCUGGAGACGUUCCCCGAGAGGCGCCGCAGCUUCGACCUGUCGGACGGCCAGGCCUGGCCGGGCUUCAGGAAAUCGCGCUCCUUCGACCAGGCCGACACCCGCCAGGCACGGCGGAGACGGACCUCCUUCUCCGACCUGCUGGAGGCCGAGGCGGGCCAGCGGAGGUCCCUCUUCCGGCAGAAGGCCGCCUCGUUCGACGAGCGCACUCCCCGCCACUCCCGCGACAUCGAGCUGAAGAUCUCCGAAGAGCUGGGCCGCCUCAAGCGCUCGGCCAUGGCGUCCCCUGUGGCCAAGCCCGUGCUGAGGUCGCCCGUCCUGGAGCGCGCCGUCAACCGCGAGCUGUCGUCCCGCAAGGCCAGGCCGGCGUCCGAGCCUCCCGCCCUCCCUUCCUUCGCCGCCCAGCGCAAGCCCCUGCAGCGAGCGCUGGCCACGGCCGGCGCUGACCACGAAGAACUGGACGCCCCCGGAGGAGAUGGGGGCCGAGCGGCAGCCAACCACGUUGACCGACCUCCAGGUGGGGUCUGGAGGAGAGACCCCCGACCGGCCUCGGCCUCGGACCAAGCCCAAGCCCACCCGCCCUUCGUGGUGGAGAUGGUCAAGAAGGUCACCUUGACCCCCGAGACCCGCCUGCCCAACGCCAUCUUGGCUGCCAAGCCCGAGGGCUCUGGAGGUCCCAAUCCAUCAUCUCUCGUGUCCAAGGAGACUCCGGAGCGGGUGGACGUUGCCAACUUGGGCUCGGAGACUGCUGGUGCCAGGUUGGGUCUCGCCGCCCUCAGCCCAGCCGGUGACCCCGGACAACUGGGGCACCCCAACCCAAGGACCGCGGAGGGCCAGGAACAUCCCGAGACGGAGAGUCCGACGGAAGGGUCAAGACCACCGGCGCUGGAGAAGUCGGCUCGCAAAGUGACCAGAGUCAGGUCCAAGAAAUCUCGGCCCAUCUCUCCGGAACUGGAAUCGUCCGAUGACUCGUACAUCUCGGCCGGUGAAGACCCGCUGGAACCGCCGCUGUUUGAGAUUGCCAUCACCGACACGGUGGUGACGCUGGGAUCUGGGGUGCUGCUGAAAUGUAUCAUCACUGGGACUCCCAUGCCCGAAGUGGUCUGGAAGAAGGGCGGGGAGAUUGUGAGGACCAGCCCGGGCCUGGUGGUGAAGGCCGAAGGGGAACGGCACACGCUCUUCAUCCCCGCCGUCGCGCCUCUUCACGGGGGGCCUGUACUCUGUCACCGCCUCCAACGAGGUGGGAAUCUCCAGCUGUUGCGCCUCUGUCCACGUCCACACCGGUCCUGCUCCUGACACCUGCCCACAGGUGGUCCCCGCUGCUCUCUACAGCCCCAUCACCUCAGACGAUGAGUACCUCAGUCCACUGGAAGACUUGGGCGAUCUGAGCUACAAAGGCAGACAAGCCCAACACUCG